UUUUUCCUUUUUUUUUUUUAACUUUUCAUAGAUGGAGGGGGAAGGAAGAAACGGUUGCCCUCGGUUGCCCCAAAACUGCCGCUUGGUCAUCGAAAUUCAGGUCGGCCCACCGUCUCGCCAUCAAAUCAAUCCCAACUGCGCGAUACCACAGUCGCUUGUUGCAAAUAAUCGCUUUUCAAGUGGGAUAUCACAAUGACAGACCAGUCUCCCUCAACAAACCCAGUGACUAUCGUGGUCGAACAUCUGGACCCUGAACUGGGUGCUUGGUCCGCAUUAGAAUAUGCUUGUAUCGCUCGCGAAUCGCAUGCGGUUGGGAGCCGAUUUCUCCUCAGUUCAGUGCCCAACUCUCUGCAAAUGCCGGAGGAUUUAGCCGCGACAGGAGAACUCAAGGUCGAACACCGCAGUAUCGAGGAGAUUUUCGCGGACCGGAAGUCUAAGAUUUGUCUGUUAGACCCCGCCGCUCAGGCUGAAUUGAGCCCCGCCGAUGGAGAAAACUUCGAAGUGUUCCUUUUUGGGGGCAUUCUUGGGGAUGAUCCUCCUCGCGAUCGGACAUCUGAAUUGAGAAAAAAGGGCUAUGCUGGAAGACGACUUGGUCCCAAACAGAUGACCACUGACACGGCUGUGCGUGUCACCCGAAUGGUUGUGCAUGAGAAAGUGCCCCUGGAGAAGAUCCAGUAUAUCGAUUACCCAGAGAUUUUCAUCAACGAACAUGAACGAACUGAGAUGCCCUUCCGCUAUGUGAAAGGAGAUGAUGGUCAACCUAUCAUGCCUCAGGGGAUGAUUGAUUUAAUCAAAAAGGACGCCGACCAGGGCAUUAAUGAUCUUUUUUGAUAUACGUGAUAAGAAUUGAAAACUGAUGGGUUUAUCUAUUUAUCUAUCUAUCCCGUCACUUGAAGCUGUCUGAAAAAGCGUUAGGAAGAGAAAAAAGCAAAAGUGAAUACCCUAUAGAUCCCUCAAUAGGCAAUCCUGAAGUCAUUGUACUGUAUAAUAUAAGGUACGGUUUGUAUGGAUAGAUCGGUAUCUUUCAGUAUUAUAAGACCCCCAGUAAACUAACUUACAGGUAUGUAUAGUACACCCAUUCUCGGCAUAGCGGAUUUACGCUGGACAGGACUACUUGCCCAGUCAAAAGCGGUCUGGAAUCAGGUCGGUAUGGUAAUAAAUUGGCACCGAAACGAAUCCAUUCCAAGGCCACCGCCCAUCGUCUACC